AUGGCCCAGCAGCUAGAAAGAGUUCUCGAUCGCCGCGAUAUGAUCACUCAAAAAUAUCUGAGGACUCGGCAAGGGUUAAGCGAAAAUGUAAGCAUUCAUUGGUUGAAUCUGCAACUUGAAACGAUUCGUAAGUGCAAUGAGCAGUCUGAGAUAAUCUAUAAUGAAAUAUGCGAACUUAUACCUCGAGCGCAACGAGCCGCGCACACGGAAGAGUAUUUCCGCUGUGAAGAAAUGUAUAAUUCUCUGUACAUCACUAUUCAAACGGCAAUAUCCAGAUUGAAGGAUGCAGACAACAGGGUAAAACUUGAUGCAAAUGCAGUUUCACCCGACCCACAGCGACCAAUUGUAGUAAGCUCGUCAGCACCUCACUUGCAAGUACCGUUGCCAACAUUUGACGGGAAUCUUGAAAACUGGUACUCCUUUAAGUGUAUGUUCCAGACAAUCAUGAAUAGAUACCCAAACGAGUCACCGGCUAUCAAACUUUAUCAUUUGAAAAAUUCGCUUAUUGGAAACGCUACAGGAAAAAUUGAUCAGGAUGUUAUUAACAACAAUAACUAUGACGCUGCAUGGAAAAUGUUGGAAGACACGUAUGAGGAUGAACGCUUAAUAAUAGACACACACAUCGAAGCCCUAUUGAAUAUACCAAGGAUGUCUGGUGAAUCUGGUGAUGAACUACGAAAGUUGAUCGAUGUUUGUACAAAACACGUUGAUGCACUUAUAAACCGUCAGUUACCAGUUGAAGGACUGGCAGAAAUGAUCGUUGUUAAUGUCAUCGCCAAGCGCUUAGAUAAGGACACUCGAAAGCUAUGGGAAUCUCAGCUACUCAAAGAAGAAUUGCCAACUUUUAUUGAAAUGAUGGAAUUUUUAAGAGAACGAUGCCGUAUCCUCCAAAAGAUGAAAGGUUAUUCAGAGCUGCGACCAACCACCGGUGUGUGGAAGCAACGUGGUAAAAUGGAGCAGAAAACAAUGCCUGCAAAGAACUUUGUUCAGACAAGCAAGGAAUCCUGUUAUGGCUGCAAUGGAGACCAUACAAUUUAUAAAUGUGAUGAGUUCAAAAAGCUUUCAGUGUCUGAACGUUAUAGCAAAGUGAAGCAAUCUGGUCUCUGCUUUAACUGUUUACGCCGGGGUCAUCGCACUGUUGACUGCAACUCGGAGCAAUCUUGCAAGACGUGCGGUCGAAAGCACCACAGUCUAUUUCACGACGGGAAACCAGAAGCCCCGAAGAAGCUUGAGAAUGAGGAACCAACAUCAUCGACAUCGUGUUCUAGCGACAUCCGCGAAACUGUUGAACAAACAAAAUCUUUGAACUGUGCUCACUCAUAUAACGUGACAAAACAAGUACUCUUGUCAACAGCUGAAGUUUUAGUAUGUGGAUCAGGGAAUACAACGUGGUCCUGUAAAGCACUGCUGGAUUCGGGCUCCGAUUCGAAUUUGAUGACGGAAGAAUUUGCGAGAAAAAUAAAUAUUCGAAUGGAAAGCAUCAAUAUUCCCAUUAGCGGAUUAAAUAAUACUGAAACUUACGUGAAAUAUAGACUUAGUACAAAGAUAAAAUCGCGCGUCAACGCUUUCGACGCUACACUAGAAUUCCUGGUUGUACCCAAAAUAACCAAACUGCCGAUCAUUGAACUGGAUACCCAUGCUUGGCCCAUCCCCACUGGUACAGUACUGGCGGACCCAUCCUUCAACAAACCCGACGAAAUUCAGAUAAUUCUUGGCGCCGAAUUGUUUUUCGAUCUGCUCAAGGAAGGCAGAAUGCGACUCGGCAACACCAAACCAAUAUUAAUCGAUACACAGUUUGGAUGGAUUGUCAGCGGACCAGUCAACGAUAGGAAUCAAAGACUAAAGAAGUCGCAAGGCAUAUGUCAGUUGAAUGUAAGUAACAAUGAAUUGAACCACACUUUGACGAAAUUUUGGGAGCUUGAUGCAUGCCGCGAAGCGUCAUUGUUGACAGUAGCUGAACAAGCUGUUGAAGCGCACUUUUUACGUACGUUUACCCGCAACGACGACGGUCGCUACUCCGUCAGACUUCCUUUCAACGAUAUAAAAAAUCAACUGGGCGAUUCUCGAGCAACAGCACAACGUCGGUUUGACAACUUACUACGAACAUUUGUCGACGAUAAAAAAAGGAUCCGUUACACGGAAUUCAUGGAAGAAUAUUUAUCUCUUGGUCAUAUGGUUGAAGUCUUUGACCACCCCGAAGAUUGUUUCUUUCUACCUCAUCACGCCAUCUACAAAGAGACAAGCAGCACUACUAAGUUACGAGUAGUUUUUGAUGCUUCAGCGAGGACCACGUCUGGUUUUUCGUUGAAUGAUGCCUUAGAGACGGGGCCAACUGUUCAGAGUGACUUGAUAUCGAUUAUCAUACGAUUCUGUAGCCAUCAAGUAGUAUUGACAGCAGACAUUCCGAAGAUGUACCGGCAGGUGCAAAUUCACCCGGAGGACCGAAAGUAUCAACGCAUCUUAUGGUUAGAUUCGGAAAAUAAAACAGGAACGUUUGAGCUAACAACCGUAACGUAUGGUUGUUCUAGCGCACCAUACUUGGCUACACGAGUGCUUACACAGUUGGCAAAUGACGAAGCAGAUGAAUUUCCACAUGCAUCGCGAAUAGUGAAGGAAGACAGUUACAUCGACGAUUUCCUCACUGGAGGGAAAACAGUCGCCGAGGUGAUCGAGAUUUAUCAGCAGCUUUCCGAGAUGUUGAAGCGAGGCGGCUUUGGUAUGCAUAAAUUCUGCUCGAACAGCGAAAGUGUUCGUAAGUCUAUUCCAGCGGAGCUGCAAGAAACGCAAAUGAAUUUUGAAGAUGCUGACAUAAAUAACACCAUUAAAAUACUUGGACUUAUCUGGAAUCCGGAAGAAGAUUAUUUCGUAUUUCACGUGAGUCCGUUGGAAUCGAAAAAUAAUGUACAUCCUACGAAGCGAAGUGUGCUUUCCGACAUUGGAACUCUUUUCGAUCCAUUGGGAUUUCUGGGGCCAGCUAUUACUACAGCAAAAUUAAUAAUGCAAGAUCUAUGGCGGCUUGGAGUCGCAUGGGAUGAAGCUUUACCUCCAGAACAACUAGAAACUUGGACUGCAUUUCGACAACAGCUUCCGUUGGUCAAUCAACUGAAGAAGGGCAGGUGUAUAACAUCAAAUCACGCUGAUGUAAUUGAGCUUCACGGAUACUCGGACGCUUCCAAGAAGGCGUACGGCGCAGUGUUGUAUACGAGAUGCGUAUCUUCCAAUGGACGGGUAAAAGUUCAUCUAGUUUGCAGUAAAUCGCGCGUGGCGCCUUUGAAACCGACCACAAUUCCUCGGCUCGAACUAUGUGGAGCAUUACUUCUAGCCCAGCUGGUGAAAAAAACCGUAGCUGAAAUGCAAAUUUCUUUUCAAAGUGUGACACUUUGGACCGAUUCACAUGUGGUGCUGGGUUGGCUGAAAAAAUCACCGCUUGCUUUGAAUCAGUUUGUUGCUAAUCGCGUGGUAGCUAUCAUUGAACUCGUGCCUGAAUACCAAUGGCUUUAUGUACCAUCAGAACAAAACCCUGCUGAUGUAAUAUCACGUGGUGCCAUGCCCGAAGAACUGAUUCGACAGGAUUUGUGGUGGAAAGGAUGUCCAACCCUAGGCGAAAGGGAUUUCGAUCCUAAAGAAGAUAAUAAUUAUAGCAAUGAACUAGAACUCCCUGAGCUGAAAUCAACAACUGUGUCUGCAUUGCAACGUUUUAUUAGUCGACGUGGUAUGGUGAAUAACUUGCAUUCGGAUAACGGUACAACGUUCAUAGGGGCGAAUCAUGAAUUAGCUGCACUACGGCAACUAUUCGAGGAACAGGCUCAUCAGACCAAACUGAAUGAUUUCUGUAUCAGCAAGGGGAUACAAUGGCAUUUCAUCCCUCCGCGUAGUCCUCAUUUUGGUGGCAUCUGGGAAGCUGGCGUGAAGUCGGUUAAAUAUCAUCUGAAGCGCGUUGUAGGGGAAACUAAGCUGACCUACGAAGAAAUGACAACUUUUCUAGCACAAACUGAGGCUAUUUUGAACAGUCGGCCUUUAGUUCAAAUAUCAGAUGAUCCCAAUGAUCUCGAAGUGUUGACCCCAUCACAUUUCUUAAUAGGCAGAUCGGCACUUAGCAUUCCAGAACCAUCAUAUGAGAAGGAGAAGAUUGGACGGCUGAGUCGAUGGCAGCAUAUUCAGCUUAUGAGGGAGCAUUUUUGGAAACGCUGGUCAACAGAGUACCUGCAUCAUUUGCAAUCUCGCCCGAAGUGGCACACCGGAACCACCCAGGUGCCAGUAGGGGCGCUCGUGGUGCUAAAGGACGAUAAUUCACCACCCCAUCAGUGGCGUCUAGGACGCAUUACCGCCAUUCAUCCAGGAGAGGAAGGUAUACUUCAGAAGAUUACGCAGAAGGUACAUCGUUCGAUCGAUACCUACAAGAAACGGAUUACCAAGAUAGAGAUUUACCUACAACAGAAAAUUUUGAAGAUCAAGCUGAACUAA